AUGGUGACCCUUGAAGCCAUACAGAAGAAUAACUCCAGCUUGAAGGACUACGGUCCGAAUCUCGUGGCAGUGUUUGUCGGCGGAACCAGUGGAAUUGGUGAAGCAACAGCUCGUGCAUUUGUACGAGACACUGUAUCAUCAAGGGUCUAUCUCGUCGGCCGCAAUGAGACCCAGGCUUCUAAAAUCAUCGAGGAGCUCCGCCAGAUCAACCCAGACGGCCAAAUCAGCUUCGUAAAAUGUGAAGCCGCACGCUUGCGCAGUGUCGAUGAAGCUUGCAAAUCCAUCCAGGAAAGGGAAGAGAAAGUGAACUUGCUGUUCAUGACUGCUGGCAUAAUGACGACCAAGGGGCGCGAUGAAACCGACGAGGGGUUAGAUAAGAAGCUCAGUCUUCAUUAUUACUCUCGGAUGCGUUUCGCAAUGAAUUUACUCCCGCAAUUGACCAAGGCUGCGACAGCCAAUGACUCAGGCAAAAAAGGCCUAGGCGAUAACCUGUCGCGUGUUGUAUCUGUCCUGUCAGCCGGAAGUGAAGAGUCUCUUCAUUUAGAUGAUCUCGAUCUCAAGUCCCAUUACUCACUCAGCAACUGCGCUGGACAUGCCAUCACCAUGAACUCCCUGUUCCUGCAGGAGCUCGCGGCGGUGUAUCCUGCCACCAGUUUUAUCCACGCCUACCCUGGCGGCGUAAAGACUGGUCUUAUGCGGGAAUUCAACCCAAUUGCUCGAGUAGCAUUCAAUGUGUUGACAACGCUUGCCAACCCGUGGAUGGUGCCUUUGAAGGAGAGCGGUGAGCGACACCUGUACGCCUCGACUAGUCCACAAUACCCGCCCCAAGCCUCGGGCGACGGCGAUGUGGCCACUGGGGCUGAUGGCAAGAGUGGCAGCGGUGCGUAUCUUCUAAACUGGGAUGGGUCAAUCACAGGCAAUAAGAAAGUUCUUGAGGCGGCACGCCAGAAUGAAACGGGCAAAUUGGUGUGGAAGCACACUCUGGGGAUCUACACGUCGAUCUGUGGCAAGUGA